CCGGAGAGCCUCUGAUCUCAGCACAGCCUUGGACUUAUUUCAAGGGAAAUUAACCUGGAAACCUCUCCACAAGGCCGUGGUCCUGAGCAUAUGCCCCUGGAAAAGCUAGGGAUGAGCACCUCCCUGAGCUAUAAGUCCUUCUCCAAAGAGCAACAAACUAUGGACAACCUGGAGAAACAGCUGAUCUGCCCCAUCUGCUUGGAGAUGUUCACCAAGCCCGUAGUCAUCCUGCCCUGCCAGCACAACCUCUGUCGGAAAUGCGCCAGUGACAUCUUCCAGGCCUCCAACCCCUACCUGCCGACCAGGGGAGGUACAACUGUGGCGUCGGGAGGCCGUUUCCGCUGUCCCUCCUGCAGGCACGAGGUGGUCCUGGACCGACAUGGUGUCUAUGGGCUGCAGAGGAACCUGCUGGUGGAGAACAUCAUCGACAUCUACAAGCAGGAGUCCACAAGACCUGAAAGGAAAUGUGACCAGCCAAUGUGUGAAGAGCACGAAGAUGAGAGAAUUAAUAUCUAUUGUUUGAACUGUGAAAUGCCCACCUGCUCCUUGUGCAAAGUCUUUGGUGCCCACAAAGACUGUCAAGUUGCUCCUCUCACAAAUGUUUACCAGCAGCAGAAGUCUGAGCUGAGUGAUGGCAUUGCAGUCCUGGUGGGGAGCAACGACAGAGUGCAAGGAAUAGUCACACAGCUGGAGGAGACCUGCAAGACAGUUGAGGAAUGCUGCAGACGACAAAAAGAACAGUUGUGUGAAAAAUUUGAUUAUCUCUACUCUGUAUUGGAAGAAAGGAAAAAUGAGAUGACACAAAUAAUCACUAGAACCCAAGAGGAGAAACUGGAACACGUCCGCUCCCUGAUGAAGAAGUAUGCGGAUCAUUUGGAAGCUGUGUCAAAACUGGUUGAAUCAGGAAUCCAGUUCAUGGAAGAACCAGAAAUGGCCGUGUUUUUGCAGAAUGCCAAAACAUUGCUGCAAAAUCUCUGUUUUAGAAUUACUGAAGCUUCUAAAGGAUUUCAAAUGGAAAAAAUAGAGGAUGGGUAUGAAAUUAUGAACCAAUUCACAGUGAACCUCAGUAGAGAAGAAAAGAUAAUACGAGAAAUUGAUUUUGACAGAGAGGAGGAGAGAGAAGAAGAGGAGGGCACAGAGGAUGGUGAAGGUUUGGAUGAAGUCCACACAGAGUCAUCUGGAGAGGAGGGAGAGGAGGAAGAGGUAGAGGAGGAAGAGGCUGAGAGAGCAUCACAGCCACCUCAGCAAGACCCUAAACUGCAGAGUGCAACAGGAGAGCCCCUGUCUGAACCCACUCCAGUGUCACUACCUGCUGCCCCAGCUGGUCAGGAUGUGGUUGUGACACCAGGUGGUUCUCAGCAGACCCCAGAAUCUGACACUCAAAUGCCAGCCACAGCAGAAACCACGGAUCCCUUGUUUUACCCUAGCUGGUAUAAGUCUCAGUCACGGCAACCAAGCAGUCCAAGCUCAACCCCAGUGAGUGGGCUGGGGAAAGUAGGGAGUCCUGUUUCUCUGGAAACAAGUGCAAAGAAGUCAGAAGCCCCAACAGCAGCAACAGAAGAGGAGAGUGCACCAGGGAGUAGUAAGGAAAGUAAUACCACUGCAGCAACAUCCAAGACUGGUUCUGAACCAUACGCUCAAGGACGAGUGGAGGAAGCGCCUGUGAGCAGUGAGAGGGGUGACGAGCCGGCUCGUCAUGUUUUCUCCUUCUCCUGGUUGAACUCACUGCAUGAAUGA